UCCAUGGCUCUCACCACUAAACUCAUCCACCAGACCACCACAGCUAGCAAGCUAUACCACCGGUCCUUUGGUCCACAUUCUAGACAACUCUAGCUCAUCAGUCCUAGCUAGCUUGUUGCUUAGAGCAAUGGCGUACUCCAAAGCCCUAGCAGCUGGCAUGCUCACCGUGCUGAUCCUUCUGGCUCCCGCCGUCAUGGCCACUGACCCGGACCCUCUCCAGGACUUCUGCGUGGCCGACCUCGACGGCAAGGCGGUGUCGGUGAACGGGCACACGUGCAAGCCGAUGUCGGCAGCCGGCGAAGACUUCCUUUUCUCGUCCAAGCUGGCCAAGGCCGGCAACACGACGACCCCGAACGGGUCGGCCGUGACGGAGCUGGACGUGGCGGAGUGGCCCGGCGUGAACACGCUCGGCGUGUCCAUGAACCGCGUCGACUUCGCCCCGGGAGGUACCAACCCGCCGCACGUCCACCCGCGCGCCACCGAGAUCGGCCUCGUCACCCAGGGUGAGCUCCUUGUUGGCAUCAUCGGCAGCCUUGACUCCGGGAACAAGCUCUACUCCAGGGUCCUCCGAGCCGGGGAGACGUUCGUCAUCCCGCGUGGCCUCAUGCACUUCCAGUUCAACGUUGGCAAGACGGAGGCAUCCAUGGUCGUGUCCUUCAACAGCCAGAACCCCGGCAUCAUCUUCGUGCCGCUCACGCUGUUCGGCUCCAACCCGCCCAUUCCGACGGCGGUGCUCUCCAAGGCGCUCCGGGUGGAUGGUGGCGUCGUCGACCUUCUCAAGUCCAAGUUUGCCGCUGGGUUUUAACCAUACAUAUACACGGCAAAAUACAUAUAAUUAAGCUUCUGAUUAAUAAGCCAGCAUGCAUGCAUGCAGUUGUAAUAAUUAAGAUGAAAUAAGUGGCCUCGCGGUUCCUACCUGAGAAGUCAGAACCAAUAUAUGCGAGGAAUUUAAUGUACUUUAAAUUAUUGUACUCCGUACUACUCCGAUAGCUCAGUUCUGCUCUAAUAAAAAUGAACUGAAUAAAUGUCAUUUGACGUUAAAAACCCC